AUGGAACUUCCUCAAGAUAUCGCGAAGGAGUUGGCGGCCACCGCCAAGGCCAUCGCCUCCCCUGGCAAAGGCAUCCUCGCUGCCGACGAAUCGACCGGCACGAUUCAAAAGCGCUUUGACAGCAUAAAGGUGAAGAACGACGAGAGCAACCGUGCUGCAUAUCGUGAUUUGCUGUUUACAACGGAGGGAUUGGGUCAGUACAUAUCGGGUUGCAUACUGUUUGAGGAGACUUUAUUUCAGAAGAACUCUGCAGGGGUGCCAAUGGUGGAUUUGCUGAAGAAGCAGGGCAUUAUUCCUGGAAUCAAAGUGGACAAGGGGUUGGAGACGAUCCCGCGAACGGACGAAGAAAAAGCGACAAUGGGUUUAGAUGGUCUGGCAGAGCGUUGCAAGAAGUACUACGCAGCGGGUGCUCGUUUCGCCAAGUGGCGCGCUGUGCUCUCGAUAAACGCUGCACAGGGGAAGCCCUCCGAGCGUUCAAUUGCUGAAGUUGCCUACGGCCUUGCACGCUACGCGUCCAUUUGCCAGCAGAACCGCUUGGUACCGAUUGUAGAGCCUGAGAUCCUGACAGAUGGGGCGCACGAUAUCACUACCUGCGCGCGCGUGACGGAGAAGGUCUUGGCUGCUGUAUUUAAACAGCUCAGCGAUCAGGGCGUCAUGCUGGAGGGAGCCUUGCUCAAACCCAACAUGGUGACUCCGGGGGCAGACUGCCCGACGAAGGCUAAGCCUGAAGAAGUUGCAUUCUUCACUGUUCGUUCUCUGGCGCGCACUGUGCCUCCCGCCUUGCCAGGAGUUACCUUUCUUUCGGGAGGGCAAUCAGAAGAAGAAGCGACGCUCAACUUGAAUGCCAUGAACAAAAUGGGGCCUCACCCCUGGGCACUCAGCUUCUCCUACGGACGCGCCCUCCAAGCCUCAACACUCCAGGCCUGGGGAGGAAACAACGAAAACAAAGCUAAGGCCCAGGAAGUGCUACUCAAACGCGCGAAGGCCAAUAGCGAAGCACAACUCGGCACCUACGCAGGAGACGCCGCAGGAACUGGAGCAGGAAAAUCCCUCUAUGAGAAAAACUAUGUUUAUUAA